AUUCCAUUACGGACACAAGCUAGGUCGAGCAUAGACCGGGUUGAGACAAGGUAACCGUAGUUUUAUAUAUUAAAACAGUAACGACAGUCUAGUGUUUGUUGUCUUGUGCUAAAUAUAUAUUUUUUGAGCAAGGAAAUAGUUCUGUUUAAAAGUUGGUACAAAACGUUUCUACAAAAUCACACAAGAAGGGCAGAAGAUACCAUACCGGCAAACAAAGAAACCCUUUCUAAGAGAAACACAUCAUCGACACCCUUUAGUUAUGAGUCAUGUGGCCGUUGAAAGUGCAAACGGUCUAGAACAGCAGAUUGCUGCCCUAGACUUGAAAUCUGAUGCCCAUGGAGAAGGCACUGGCAGGCGGUACAUUCCACCUCAUUUAAGGAACAAAGAGGCUUCCAAGAAUGACUCUACAGGUGGUUGGGAUGUUGGAAGAAGUAAUGGAUUUGUAAAUGGUUACCAUGAUGGCCGUGACAAUUACAUGAAUGGGAGCAGCACUUUUGGUAACCGUGGGCCCAUACGUAAUGACCGUGGAGGCAGAGGGGGUGGUUACAGAGGCAGGGGUAAUGGUUCCUAUGUCGUCCAACCAUUGCAAAACACAGGCUUUGGCUGUGACAAAGAUGGAGGUGGAUGGAAUGCCCCAAAAGAUAAUGCCUAUAAUAGCUUUGGUGGACGUUCUGACCGGAGCAAGUCUUCCUUCUACAGUGAUCGUGGAGCUUCCAGGGGAAGGUAUGAGCGUGGCGGUUUCUCCGGUGGUGGAAACAAUCGGUGGGUAGAGGAUGUCCGAGAUGAGGAGGACUGGUCCAAACCCCUCACUCCUAAUGAAAGGCUGGAACAUGAGCUUUUUUCUGGAGGCAACACUGGAAUCAACUUUGAAAAAUAUGAUGACAUUCCUGUUGAUGCCACUGGACACGACUGCCCUCAGCACAUUGAGAGUUUUCAUGACAUAGAUAUGGGUGAGAUUAUUAUGGGAAACAUCACCCUGAGUCGCUAUUCACGCCCCACUCCAGUCCAGAAAUAUGCCAUUCCAAUUAUCAAGUCCAAAAGAGACCUGAUGGCAUGUGCACAGACAGGCUCUGGUAAGACUGCAGCAUUCUUAUUGCCAGUGCUGAGUCGGAUAUACACAGAUGGACCAGGAGAGGCCUUACAGGCAGCAAAGAACAGUGUCCAGGAAAAUGGUAGAUAUGGACGCCGUAAGCAGUACCCCCUUUCUCUGGUUUUGGCUCCAACUAGAGAGCUGGCUCUCCAGAUCUAUGAUGAGGCUAGAAAGUUUGCAUAUCGUUCUCGGGUACGCCCGUGUGUAGUAUAUGGAGGAGCUGACAUUGGCCAGCAGAUUCGAGACCUGGAGCGGGGUUGCCACCUGCUAGUUGCCACACCUGGUCGUCUGGUUGACAUGAUGGAGAGGGGCAAGAUCGGUUUGGAUUACUGCAAUUACUUGGUCCUGGAUGAAGCUGACAGGAUGCUGGAUAUGGGUUUUGAACCACAGAUUCGUCGUAUUGUGGAGCAGGACACUAUGCCUCCUAAGGUUUUGCGCCAAACUAUGAUGUUUAGUGCAACCUUCCCGAAGGAGAUCCAGAUAUUAGCACGUGACUUUCUGGAAGAUUACAUCUUCUUGGCUGUGGGCCGGGUGGGCUCCACCUCUGAGAACAUUACCCAGAAAGUGGUUUGGGUUGAGGAGAGUGAUAAAAGAUCCUUCUUGCUUGACCUUCUUAAUGCCACAGUCAUACCAGGCGAGGUUCAGGACAGUAAUGGAGAAAACGCUGACAAACCUGGAAAAGACUCUUUGACUCUGGUGUUUGUGGAAACCAAGAAGGGCGCGGAUGCGCUUGAGGACUUUCUGUAUCGUGAAGGCUAUGCCUGCACCAGUAUCCAUGGUGAUCGUACACAGAGAGACCGUGAGGAGGCACUUCAUCAGUUCCGCUCUGGAAGAUGCCCAAUCCUGGUUGCAACUGCUGUAGCUGCACGUGGUCUAGAUAUCUCCAAUGUGAAACAUGUAAUCAACUUUGACCUGCCCAGUGACAUUGAGGAGUAUGUUCAUCGCAUAGGCCGUACGGGUCGGGUGGGAAAUCUUGGUCUUGCCACGUCAUUUUUUAAUGACAAAAAUAGCAACAUUACAAAAGAUCUCCUGGACAUCCUGGUGGAGGCCAAACAGGAAGUGCCAUCCUGGCUGGAAAGCCUGGCUUAUGAGCACCAGCACAAGGGUACCAACCGUGGCCGCUCAAAGAGGUUUUCUGGUGGGUUUGGAGCCAGGGAUUACCGGCAAACCAACAGCAACCCCACUAGUGGAGGCUUUGGGAAUCGUGGCAGUCGUAAUGCUGGUGGCAGCCGUGGAUUUGGUGGCGCUAAGGGUGGAUUUGGAAACUUCUACAACAAUGAUGGUUAUGGUGGAAACUACUCUCAGGUGGACUGGUGGGGAAACUAAUUUCUUAGCCAUGCAUGCACCUUUCCACUCCCCAUGAUCCAGUGGGCCUCCACACCAAACUCACUGAAUGGAAACCACAUGUAAUUAAGCCAGGGCUUUAAACCCUGUGUAGCAUUCAAGAACUCUGCAGUACAUUCACACCUGUGAUUCUCUCACCACAUCCUGGAAUAAUACAGGAGAUAUACAGGAACCUGUCUCCAGACUUGCUCGUCUGUAAAAAGACAAGGAAGUAAAGUGGGAACGUUUCUUUUUUUUUUUUUGGCUCUAUUUUUUAUUAUAAACUCUACAUCAUAUUGCUUUCCUUUGUAGUAAAGGAGAAUCAUUUGUGCAUCAAUGUACUGUGCCUUUGAAUUUGGACUGUCUUUUUACUUUUUAAAACAGCAAAUGGCUGACAGUUGGCCACAAUUUAGAUUUUUUUUGUGUGUUCAGGUUGUUCAAAAAAACAACAAAAAAAAAAACCUUUUGAAGGUGCAAAUUAAGAAUAAGCAAACCUUGGCAAACAACAGGAAGGUUUGGCUUUGGAGUCAAAUCCUUGUUCUGAACGUCAAAUUUAUCACAGGGUCACCAGGCCCUGCCCCUACCUUACAUUUGUUUUACCCUUGCUUUGCAAGAGAAGGAAGAUCUUAAUAAAAAUGUUAAUCUUGCUCACUCUAUCCUGGAGAGGUACCUCUAAGGGACAUGGUAGUUGUCUUAAAGAUUUAGCAAGUUAUUCCAGAUUAAUUUCCUUAACCUUGAACAUGAAGUGAGCAGUUUAUACCCCCAUUCAUACCAGUGUUUGGAUGCACAACACUUGUAUACUUCAUAACUUUUUUUUUUUGGCCGCUAGCUCAGUAACAGGCUAGCUGUUUGGAGGUGUGCAAUUUCUUCAUUCCGUUCCUUACUUGAACUUGUGUGGAGUGACAGUUUUGUUUUACACUGACAAACCAGUGGGUUACUAUGUUGGUAAAAGGUUCUAGAACUGGGACUGGUGUGGAAAGGCCUAAAAUGCCUAGCCCACCUAUGCAGCAAUUCAGACUGCCUGUAUUACUUUUUUUGUGUGCGUCAGAAAUAACCCAACAAAUUUCUGAAGCAGGCUUUCCUUUGUGUCACAAAGAAUAUCAAGGGGAUUUUCAUUUGCACUCUUUCCACAAGUGGCUCUGUAUUUUACAAUGACUGCUGGUCUAGAGACACCACUUCUCUGUAAGACCUUCGGAAGGAUGUGGGGGAUGAAGGUUGGUGGAGGGAAAUCUGGAAUAAUGUACACAGAAGAGGAAAUGCACAGGGGUAGAAGAGUCUACUGGUAUGGAUUUUUGGUAGAAUCUGGGGUUUUCCUGGUGUCUUGACUGAUGUCAUGGAUAUAGUUACCUUUCCAUCCCUUGAGUUAAUUAAGGACCUCUGUAAUAGUAUGGAGACAAGAUCAAGACUCACUCAUUGCAACUGGCAGUGAUUUCCACUCCCUUUAAGCAGUUGAGCUGUGCAAGAGAUACUAUAUUUUUCCUGAAGUGCAAUAGGAUUUCCUCAAGAAUGUUGUGCCUUUUGCUGUUUGUUAGGUAAAUGUGCUGAACUGAAGUGGAUGCACUUGACUGGUAUUGUGAGAACUUGAGAUAAGUGGUGCUAUUUAGGUUCAGGCCCAUCAAGUUUUACAAAGUUUUUCAUCGAGGGUUUUGUACAAGUCUUCAGAGUGCGUUUCUUUAAGCUUCCAAUAUUCUGUGUAAAGACUGUAAAAAUGCAGCUUGUUUACAAAAUGGAAGGGUUCUCAGUAUUUAACUAGGAUUUAUUGGGGACCAGGGAAUCAGCAGUGGGGGAAUUCAGCUUCUUGCACACAGAUUACUAGAGUCUACUUUUUUGCUGCUAGUUUGUGUAAUUUAUUAAGCAUUUUUGAGAAAUAUUUAUUUUUAUAAACCUAAAAGUGAUCGUUUCGUGUUAACUUGACCAAAAGACCGUACAAAAACACUGGUACUUGAAUGUUGAAUGCCACUGUUAUGCGUGAAACUUCUAUUUUUCGGGGUAGUGUGAGCUUUUUAAUGUUUAAGGUCACUUUGAAAUCAUUCAAGAUCCUCACUUGGACAUCUGGCCAAAUAUUCCUUCUAUUAUAAAAAUUAAUUGGCAACCAAAUUAACAGCAUGCCAAGGUUUGGACAACAGGUCAAAUAAAUUUCUAGCCAUGCAAAUUGUCCCAGGGUUUUUUUAAUUAUUAUUUUUUAAGUGAUUUAAUUUUUGUGCCCCAGUGAGCGUCUGGCUGAUGGCAAUUAUUAUUUUUAUUUGAAUGUGGUUUUUUUUUUCUCUUUUUUUUUUUUUUCUUUUUUUUGGGGGGAGGGGGUGUAUUUCCAAUUUUCCAUUUGGAAACCUUGUUCUGUGGAUUGGUGCAAAAUUCAGCUAGUCUUAAUUACAAACCAGUUAAAUUUAAGUAAAUGGCAUUGGACAGGAUUAGGGCUUUUGUUUCACCUACCCAUGACCAAGAAUAUCAGUAGAGCCCUUCAAAUGAAAACAUGCUUUCUGUAGUUUAAAAGUUGUACUCCGUGUUCACUGUAUAAUUUUAUGAAAAUAAAGUUAGAAACAGUAAAGUGCUUUUGCUAAA